GCUCAGCCCCGUCUCACGGGCAGCGCCCCCGGCGCACCGCGCCAUGUGGCGGCCCACGCCGCCCCGCCCCGUGCGCGGGGGGCACGGCCGCGGCCUCGCGAGGCUCCUGGCGCUCUCGGCGGCCGCGUCCUCGGCCGCCUCCGCCGGCGUGCCCGCCGCGCGGCCCGGGGGCCUGCUGCGCCAGGAGGCGGGCCGGAGGGCCACCGCGGGCGCCGCGCUCGCGCCGGGCGCGCUGGUGCAGGAGAUGACGCCGCGGUGUCGGACGAGCUGAUGAAGGACGCCGUGUCCUGGCUGCAGAGGUACAAGCCAGCGGACGGCGCGGACGCCGCGUUCGUGAGGCAACACGCCGAGGAGGCGCUCAAGAUCUCCGACGAGCACCCGUGGGCCAGGGAGGUGCCGCGCGCGCUGUGGCACGACUUCGUGCUCCCGUACACGCACUUCGACGAGAGGCCCGAGCUCUGGAGGGGCUACUUCAACUCCAAGUUGGGGCCCCUGGUCAGCAAGUGCCACAGCCUCCGCGAGGCUGCCACAGCUGUCUCGGACGGAAUCUGGACGGCGUUCGGCGAGCCCGCUAUUCACUUCAAGUCGAAUUCGACGCCGGAGGUCCUGUCUCCCAUGCACGACCUGUUGAAGAAGAGGUACGCGUCCUGCACCGGCAUGUCCAUCUUCCUGGCCGACGGGAUGCGGUCGGUGGGCGUCCCGGCCCGCGUGGUGGGCACCACGCAGUGGAACCGGGAGUCGGGCGGCAACCACAAUUGGGUGGAGGCGUGGUUCGACGGCAAGUGGAAUUUCAUCGAUUCGAAUCCUGGGCAGACGUGGAAUGAGGCGUGGUUCCAGGACGAUGCCAAGAACGCCAUCGCACACGGCAUCCACGGGAUCUACACGCCGAUCUGGAACACCACCCAGGCGAACGGUAAUUACGUGAUCGGUUGGAGGACAAACCUAACGCUCCCGGCCAUUGAGCUCACGAACUCUUACAAGGGCAUUUCGGCCAGCCCCGUCGGCAGCCACGAGAUCGUCGUCCACUGA